GGAGAGGGAAGGUAGGGGGGAAGGGACAGUCGGUCGCAGACCGCGCUGGGUUGCCGCCGCCGCUGCUGCCGCCAUCGUGCCAGCCCCUCGGGUUUGGAAGAUCUGGACCUGAUGUUGUGAGGCGGUUCCGGGCUAGUAACCCCAGCCUACGCCCUUUCCUUUCCUUUGAGUGACCAAGCCCCAGCUGUGGGUGGAUUCGCUGGCUGUGUUAGUGGAGAAAGGAAGCCCAAAAGGUCUCAGUGAUACCGAGUGACACUCCAGAAUGGGAGACAAGCCACUUUGGGAGCAGAUUGGAUCCAGCUUCAUUCAGCAUUACUACCAGUUAUUUGAUAACGACAGAACCCAACUAGGUGCAAUUUACAUUGAUGCAUCAUGCCUUACGUGGGAGGGACAGCAGUUCCAGGGGAAAGCUGCCAUUGUGGAGAAGUUGUCUAGCCUUCCGUUCCAGAAAAUUCAGCACAGCAUCACGGUACAGGACCAUCAGCCUACACCAGAUAGCUGCAUCAUCAGCAUGGUUGUGGGCCAGCUCAAGGUCGAUGAAGACCCCAUCAUGGGGUUCCACCAGAUGUUCCUAUUAAAGAACAUCAAUGAUGCUUGGGUUUGCACCAAUGAUAUGUUCAGGCUUGCCCUGCACAACUUCGGCUGACCUCCUCCCUGCCAGGCACUCAUGCUGUUUCCUCCUCCCUCCUCUUCCUGAUACUAUCACACUCCUCCAGAUGCUCCAAAUAUCAUACACAAGCGAGCAGGGCCGUGGUGGAAGUGGGUGCGGUGCGCUGCUGCCACCACAGUGUUGUGCAUGAUGUUUGGGCACUAGACUAGUUGCAUCUGACAGGAGAAGUUUGUGUUGUACCAGCGCAUGCCUUGGAAAGACUUAAGUAAUGCAAAAGGUUGUCCUUUUAUUUUUUUUUUUUUUUAAUCUACUGACAAGUUGCUCUAGUAACCCAAAGAAGUGAAGGAGAAAGCAGCUGCCUCACCACCCAAAUAUUGAUUUGUUCAGAUGUUUCAAUGCCUCAUGAUACAAUAAAACCACAAAAAUUUUCUUAACAGUUUAAAUUGUUUUAAUUAGUUUAAUAUUUGCCUGGGUAUCAAUAAAUACCCUGCUCCAUUAUCUCUUUCGUAUCUCACCCUCCACCUCUGCCCCAACUCAGCAAUACCUACGGCAAGGAGAAAAAGUGGCUGAAGCGCACUACGAGCUUGCUUCCCUCACGCCCAGUGGGGCAGAGUUCUCCCCAGGCUACCUGGUCUUGAAAAAGUAGACAAGGAAAGCUCAGGUUUGGUCUGAAGUUUCUCUUGCAGUCAGUUCUGAUGCCUCCUGCAACCUCUGCCCUGGGUAGGUUCAGGGCUGUAGUAACAGUGAUGACUGAAUUCUGUUGCAGUUGGUGAAGUCUUGGCAAGUGGCCCACCAGGUUCAGGAUCCUUCAGCCUGAUGGGUCAGGAUCAUAUCCAAGGUGCCCCACAUUCCCCAAGCCAAGCAGAGGGCAGCUCAGAUUCUCUACUACCUGCUUGGGAUAUGAUUGCCUAAAGAGCAACCCCCUCUUGGGUUGGGGUAUGAAAGAUUAGGAUCUAUAGCAGUCAAGAGUAUGAGAAAGUCAUGCUGUAGAAAUUUACACCCCUCAGGCCUUAGCAGGACAUUUCUAUUGCUCCCUCCAUUUCCUUAGCACACACAACUCCACACUGUUCAAAUUCCAGGAAGUCUUAACUGUUUGGGCAGUUUCUGCUCCUCAGUUUUGGGGACAAAAGCCUUGCCCAAUACAGAUACAGCCCCUCAACCCUGAGACCUCUAGAUGGUAAAAGAAGCCAAGUAGCAAUUGCAAGCCAGAACCAAUCCUAGGAUUUGGGCUGUUGUAGGAUUGAUGAGGGCACUCCAGCUAAGGCUAAUCUGCACUCUCCAUUUUCCACUACUAAGGGAGGGUACAGGUUCGUUCAGACCCCACAGGUUGCCUGUCUUCACUGGGCACAGGGCUGGAUGAUGUGCUGUUUGGGAGGACAGCAUAGUCAGAUUUCAGUGGAACUGAUAUCUAAGCUGCUGUGUACUUGGGGUGGGGAAGAGGUAGAUGCCUGCUGCCUCUUAAACCACCCUGUAUAAAAAUCUGCGAUAUAGCUUCCUCCAUGUACCUAUGCCUGAAAUGUCUGCAAUAAAGUGGUGUUUGUAAA